AAAACAAACAUUAACAAGCAACAACUUUUUCGUCUCAGGCCAAGCACCACUCUGAAACAUCGACACCCUUAGAAAGAGAGAGAGAAGGUGAAAUAUUUACAGAGAUUCGUCUUCAGGCUAUUAUCUUCGUUCGAUCUGUGUGUCUCUUCGAGUCCCUCUCUUCACGCUGUUUGAUUGGAAAGCUGCACAGAUUCGCUCUUCGAUCUCUCAAUCCAGACCCUCAAUUUCCUCGGUUCUUGAGCGGUUGAAAGUGUGGAAGGAAUUGCACAGAAUGAGCAUCGAUAGCCCCGGGAAAGGGGAGAGCUAGGAUUUUGGGUUGGAAAUUAGGGCUGAGAUUUGGGCAUUCCAUGGGCGAUGGCGGCGUUGCUUGCGUUCCUUCGCAGCAUAUCAUGGACCAGUUGUCGAUUUGCGGAGGCAAAAAUGGUACUACAACAACAGCUAAGUUCAAUUCUUCUUCCAAGUCUUCGUCGCUCAAGUUCAACGAACGAAAGAUGAAGAUGAAGGCCAAGAGAGAGGAGUUGACAAGUAAAAGAGAGUUGGGGAAGAGUGAAUUGGGUGGGAAGCAGGUUGCCAAUGGUCGAAUUUGUGCGGAGAAGGUGUUGAAGGAAGAAGUGGAAGAAGGUGAAUUGGGUUCUCUGAAGUGGCCAGAGAAAGGGGAGGUUAUUCCUACUGAAAAGCCGCGGAAAUUUGAGCUAAAGAGUGAAAUUGAGAAGGGUGAGAUUUCGGGCGACAAAUGGAGGAAAGAGGAGGUAGAAAAGGGUGAAUUUGUUCCAGGUAAGUGGCGAAAAGGGGAAGCUAGGAAGGGGGAAUUCAGUUCUGAGAAGGCUGAUUCUGCAGCCCGCAGAGUAGCAAAAGAUGAACUUGAGAAAGGAGAGUUUGUUCCAGAAAGAUGGCGAAGAAGUGAAGUGGCGAAGGAUGAGUAUGGUUACUCGAGGAUACAACGCCAUGAUUCUGCUUUUAGAGACAAAGGGUGGAAGUAUGAGAAUGAACGGACACCAUCUUUUGGGAAGUAUGAGCAUGAGCGGACGCCGCCUUCCGGGAGGUAUUCAGGUGAGAAAGACUUCAAUAGAAGUGGGAGUCAGCAUAUCAAAAGGUCUUCCAGGUAUGAAACUAGCCAAGACAGGACCCCAAGGAUCAGAUCAAAGAUUGUAGAUGAGGAAGGCUCUUUCAAGAAUGAACUCAGCAACGGUAAGGAUCAUGGAAGACAAUACUCAUCGGGAAACAGGUUAAAGCGCAAUGGCACUGAUUCAGAUAGCUGUGACCGUAAACGCUAUGGUGAAUUUGGUGAUUAUGCUGGUUCAAAAAGUCGAAGAUUUUCUGAUGAUAGCCAUCGUGGUGGAUACUCCGAUCACUAUUCACGCCGGUCUGUGGAGAAAUCAUACAAAAAUGCUUCUUCACUGCGGAACAUGUCCUUUGACAAAUAUUCUUCCAGGUAUCAUGAAUCUUCUAUGUCAACUAAAGUAGUUCAAGACAAGUACAAUAGUAGUCCACGUCAUUCUGAGCGGUCCCCACGUGACCGGGCCCACUACCAUGAUCACCGGGAUCGGAGUCCAGUACGGCAUGACAGAUCCCCGAAUGAUCGCAGCCGUCAUUAUGAUUGUAGAAAUCGGAGCCCCAGUUACUCAGAGCAGUCUCCACAAGAUCAAGCCAGAUAUCAUGAUCAUAGGGAUUGGACCCCAAAUUUUGUGGAGCGGUCCCCACUUGAUCGGGAAAGGUCCAAUAAUUACCGGGAAGCAAGUCGAAGAAGUGGAGGAAAUGAGAAGGGGCAGAGUCAUUAUGGUGGUAAAGGGCAGGAGGAGAAGCACAAUCAGAGAGAUCCUAAAGGAAGGGAGCCACAAUGGCCAACUAAAGAGUCUGUAGAUAAAAGCAAUCAAGAUAAUGGUGAUGGAUCCUUUGAGAAAAAUGUGAAGCAUCAGUGUUCCAAGGAGGAACAAUCUCAAAGUCCGAAUGUGAGUUGCCUCGGUCCUAUUCAGGUCAAUGGAACCACUGAGGAGCUGCCUUCGAUGGAAGAAGACAUGGAUAUAUGCGAUACACCGCCACAUACCCCGGUGGUGGCAGAUUCAGUUGCAGGGAAGUGGUUCUACCUAGAUCAUUUUGGCGUGGGACAGGGACCUUCUAGAUUGUGUGACCUUAAGACACUGGUUGAAGAAGGUUUUCUUGUGUCUGAUCACUUGGUCAAGCACUCUGACUGUGAUAGAUGGAUGACCGUUGAGAAUGCGGUUUCUCCGAUGUGUACCGUGAAUCUCCCGUCCAUUGUUUCUGACACCGUUACUCAAAUGGUAAGCCCCCCUGAGGCUCCUGGUAAUCUGUUGGCAGAUGUUGGAGAUGUGGCACAAUCUGAUAAUCAGGCUGCUGAGGGAAUGAUGGCUACUUUGCCGAAGCCAGUGUUCAGCCCUGAUGACAGUUUUGCUGGAUCAGAGCCUUUAGUAAAUCUCCAGAUUGAUGAGAGGGUUAGAGUGCUUUUAGAGGGUUUUACCAUUAUUCCUGGCAGGGAACUCGAGACAGUUGGGGAAGUGCUGCAAAUGAAGUUUCAGCAGGGGGAGUGGGAGAGAUGGGGAAACUUCGAAGGGGAACAUAAUAAUCAAAGGGCAAGUGAAGGCUCAUCCAGUUACCCUGAUUUUGCAUUGACAGAACCUGCAGAAUCCCGGAUAAGUGCACUGGGACCUUCCGACAAGGAUAUUGUCUUUCCCUCCACUGACACUAGUGACUGGUUCUCUGGUCGGUGGUCAUGCAAGGGUGGGGAUUGGAAGAUAAAUGAUGAAAUUGCUGAUGAUAGACCUUGCAGAAGGAAACUUGUUCUCAAUGAUGGGUACUCUCUGUGCCAGAUGCCAAAGUCUGGCUAUGAAGACCCUCGGUGGCAUCGAAAAGAUGAAUUAUACAAUCCUUCUCACAGCAGAAGGCUUGAUCUCCCAUCUUGGGCUUUUACCUUGCCAGAUGAAUUGAAUGAUGGUAAUGGUGCAAACAGAUCAAUUCAGACUAAACCUGUUGUUGUAAGGGGGUUGAAAGGAGCUAUGCUUCCAGUGAUCAGGAUAAACGCAUGUGUGGUCAAGGACCAUGGUUCUUUUGUGUCCGAACCCCGCAUGAAAGUUAGAGGAAAGGAUAGAUACUCUUCAAGAUCCAGUCGGCCAUACUCUGCAGCCAGUGAUACAAUGAGAUCAUCAGAAGAAGGUGUUUCUCACUCAAAAAACAUGAAUGAACAAGACUCGAGCACGGCAUCCAUUAGUAUCCCAAAAGACCGUCUUUGCACAGCAGAUGACUUACAUUUACAUUUUGGUCAUUGGUACUACCUUGAUGGUGCUGGUCAUGAGCGAGGGCCUUUAUCAUUUUCAGAGCUGCAAGUCUUGGCAGAUCAAGGUAUCAUCCAGAAGCAGAGUAGUGUUUUCAGAAAAAUUGAUAAAGUUUGGGUUCCAGUUACUUCUGUUGCAGAGGCUUCUGAAACUUCUGGAAAGAUCCCACAAGAAGAAAAUGCAAUAUCUAAUGAUAGUUCUGGAGCUUCUCAUUUUGAAUCAACACCAAGCAGCGCAAUUCUAAGUUCAUUCAACAGCUUGCAUCCUCAAUUUAUUGGUUAUACUCGAGGGAAGCUUCAUGAAUUGGUCAUGAAGUCGUACAAGAGUCGUGAGUUUGCUGCAGCAAUAAAUGAGGUCUUAGAUCCAUGGAUCAAUGCAAGGCAGCCGAAGAAAGAGAUUGAAAAGUUUUUGUAUAAUCAAGCUGUCAAUAAUAAAUUCCAGAAAUCAGAUCAAUAUCGUUCUGGCAAAAGAGCGAGGCUGCUGGUUGAUGGAAGUGAGGAAGAGUAUGAAAUGGAAGAUCUAUCAACAGUUCAGAAGGAUGAAUACCAGUUUGAUGAUCUGUAUGGCGAUGCUACUUUCUGCCAAGACAACAAUGCAGAUUCUGGAAUUGAGACAGGGGACUGGGGUCUAUUGGAUGGCCGUGUGCUGGCACGAGUGCUCCAUUUCCUUAGAUCUGAUAUGAAAUCCCUUGUUCAUGCUGGGUUGACUUGUAAGCGCUGGAGAUCUGUGGUCAAUGUUUACAAGGAUAUGUCCAGACAGGUUGACUUUUCAUCUAUUGCGCACAAUUGCACCGACUCCAUGAUCUGUAACAUAAUGAAGGAAUAUAACAAAGAGAAAGUUACUUCCUUGGAUCUGCGUGGUUGCACCAGCAUUACUUCUGGCAACCUUGAAGAAAUUAUUCAGUUGUUCUCUUGCUUAUCAUCUCUAGAUAUUAGAGGUUGCACCCAGUUUGAGGAUUUGGCUGGUAAAUUUCCGAAUAUUAACUGGAUCAAGACCCGGGCUUCACAUUCAAAAAUCAGGAGUCUUAAACACGUAACGGAGAAAAUAGCAUCAGUUUCCAAAAUUUACAACGGUCUGGAUAGUCAAAUGGAGGAUUCCAGUGGCCUGAGAGAUUAUUUGGAAAGUUUGGAUAAGCGAGAUUCUUCAAAUCAGUUAUUCCGAAGAAGCUUGUACAAACGUUCAAAAGUAUUUGGUGCUAGAAAGUCCUCAUCCAUCCUAUCGAGGGAUGCACAUUUGAGGCGAUGGGCAAUCAAGAAAGCUGGAAAUGGGUAUAAGAAGAUGGAGGAAUUUCUUGCCGCAAGUUUGAAGGACAUCUUGAAGAAGAACACCUUUGAUUUCUUUGUUCCAAAAGUUGCAGAAAUUGAGGAAAAAAUGAAGAAUGGUUAUUAUGCUGGUCGUGGCUUGAGUUCUGUCAAAGGCGAUAUUAUUACAAUGUGCCGGGAUGCAAUAAAGGCGAAAAACCUGGGUGAUAACAGAAACAUGAAUCACAUCAUUAAAUUGUUCAUUCGUCUUGCCACAAGUUUGGAGGAUUGCUGUAAGUCGUCUUACCAAAGAGAUGAGAUGAUGAAGACUUGGAAAGAUGACUCACCUCCAGGGUUUGCCUCUGCUUCCCUAAAGUAUAAGAAAAAUCUUGGGAAAGGGAGUGAAAAAAAAUAUGUGAACAGGAGUAAUGGUUCCUCUUUUGUUAAUGGUGGUUUUGAUCAUGGAGAAUAUACAUCUGAUCGAGAAAUCAAGAGGCGUUUAUCCAAAUUGAAUAAAAAAUCUAUGGACUCGGGAAGUGAAACAUCUGAUGAUCUUGACAGGUCUUCUGAAGAUACUGUGACUGAUAGUGAGAGUACUGCUUCAGAUACAGAGAGUGACCUGGAUUUACGGUCAGAAGGUGGAUUAGAUGACUUUAGAGGAAAUGCUUACAUUACUGUAGAUGAUGGGUUAGAUUCUCUGGCUGAUGAGCGUGAAUGGGGUGCUCGCAUGACAAAAUCAAGCCUUGUUCCACCUGUUACCAGGAAGUAUGAAGUGAUUGACCACUAUGUUAUUGUCGCAGACGAGGAGGAAGUGCAAAGAAAGAUGCAAGUUUCUUUACCUGAGGACUACAUUGAGAAGCUCAAUGCACAGAAAAAUGGUACUGAGGAGUCUGAUAUGGAAAUACCUGAAGUGAAGGCCUACAAACCUAGAAAACAGCUUGGAGAUGAGGUGAUAGAACAAGAAGUUUAUGGCAUAGAUCCAUAUACCCAUAAUCUUCUUCUUGAUUCCAUGCCGGAGGAAUCAGAUUGGUCUCUCCUGGAUAAGCAUGUGUUUAUUGAAGACGUUUUCCUUCGAACUCUGAAUAAGCAAGUCAGAAACUUUACAGGCAUAGGAAACACGCCUAUGAAGUAUCAUUUAAGGCCUGUUGUUGAGGAGAUCCUAGCAACUGCUGAGGAAGACCAUGAUCGGCGAACUGUGAAAUUAUGUCAGUUUAUCCUGAAGGCUAUUGAUAAUCGUCAUGAGGACAAUUAUGUUGCUUACAGAAAGGGGCUUGGUGUUGUUUGCAACAAAGAACGUGGUUUUGGCGAGGAUGAUUUUGUUGUGGAGUUUUUGGGAGAGGUUUAUCCUGCUUGGAAAUGGUUUGAGAAGCAAGAUGGUAUUCGUUCCUUGCAAAAGAAUAAUAAAGAUCCUGCGCCAGAGUUCUACAACAUUUAUCUUGAGAGGCCAAAGGGUGAUGCUGAUGGGUAUGACUUAGUAGUUGUUGAUGCAAUGCACAAGGCAAACUAUGCCAGCCGAAUUUGUCACUCGUGUAGACCUAAUUGUGAAGCGAAAGUAACUGCUGUUGAUGGUCAGUAUCAGAUUGGAAUCUAUAGUGUACGUCCCAUUGGAUAUGGUGAAGAGAUCACUUUUGAUUACAAUUCUGUUACGGAGAGCAAGGAAGAAUAUGAAGCUUCUGUAUGUUUAUGUGGCAGCCAAGUUUGCCGUGGGAGUUAUCUGAAUCUGACUGGUGAAGGGGCUUUUCAGAAGGUACUGAAGGAAUGCCACAGAAUACUAGAUCGGUAUCAGUUGAUGCUGGAGGCUUGCGAAUUAAACUCAUUAUCUGAGGAGGAUUAUAUUGACUUGGGUAGGGCCGGGUUAGGAAGUUGUUUGCUUGGCGGGUUGCCUGAAUGGCUGAUUGCAUAUUCAGCUCGUCUGGUGAGAUUUAUCAAUUAUGAAAGAACCAAACUUCCUGAGGAGAUUCUAAGGCAUAAUUUGGAAGAGAAGAAGAAAUACUUCGCAGAUAUAUGCCUAGAGGUUGAGAAGAGUGAUGCUGAGGUUCAGGCUGAGGGUGUCUACAACCAAAGGCUUCAGAAUUUGGCCCUUACUCUUGACAAGGUGAGGUAUGUAAUGAGAUGUGUUUUUGGUGACCCCAAGAAAGCUCCCCCUCCGCUUGAAAAGCUUAGUCCUGAAGAGGCGGCUUCCUACCUCUGGAAGGGAGAAGGAUCAUUUGUGGAGGAACUUAUCCAAUGCAUGGUUCCUCAUAUGGAAGAGGGUGUGCUGAAUGACCUCAAGUCCAAGAUUUGUGGUCGUGAUCCAUCUGGUUCUGAUGACAUCCGGAGGGAGCUUCGGAAAUCUUUACUAUGGUUGAGGGAUGAGGUUCGAAAUCUUCCAUGUACACACAAAUGUCGGCAUGAUGCUGCUGCUGACUUGAUCCACAUAUAUGCUUACACAAAGUGUUUCUAUAGAGUACGGCAAUACAGGACUGUAACUUCCGAACCUGUUUACAUCAGUCCACUUGACCUGGGUCCAAAGUUUGCUGAUAAGUUGGGAUCAGGAGUUCACGAGUAUUCCAAGACAUACGGUGAAAAUUAUUGUUUAGGGCAGCUCAUUUAUUGGCAUAGCCAAACUAAUUCUCAGCCAGAUAAUUGCCUAGUUAGGGCGAGCAGGGGUUGCUUGUCUUUACCCGACAUUGAUUCCUUCUAUGCCAAAGUCCAGAAGCCGUCACGACAGCGUGUUUAUGGCCCAAGAACUGUGAAGUUUAUGCUUGCAAGGAUGGAGAAGCAGUCGCAGAGACCUUGGCCUAAGGACCGGAUUUGGUCAUUCAAUAGUCCUCCAAAAGUCUUAGGCAGUCCAAUGCUAGAUGCUGUUUUAGAGAAUGCUCCGUUGGACAAGGAGAUGGUGCACUGGUUGAAGCACAGACCUGCUAUUUUCCAGGCUGGGUGGGAUCGGUGAAUUUUGCAGACGGUGGAGGAAGCAGCAGUGGAGUAUUUGUCUUACCUUUGAUAUUGUUUUGAAAUGGUUUCUCAAUUUUAGGAACAGCUGCUCCAUUUGAAGUGGGAGUUGGCGGUCAUUUCAAAGCAUCAUUCCUUUGUGCUGCUCUCCACUCUUCAUUCUUGUGUACAGUUUAUUUUUGGUUGUGUAAUUUGUAAUUCAUCAUAGGAUAGUAGAUUAGUGUUUUUUUUUUCCUUCUAAUUUAAAAUUCAAAAUGGUAGAGGUAAGCUUGAGCUUUUUCAUUGCCUCAGUUUCUACAUAUCGGUUCAUUCUGUGUAACUUCGCCCUUUUUUUUUUUCCUUAUUUUUCUUGUUAGUUUCUACAUUUUUGUGGGAGCGUUCAGGCAAUAAUAGCAGCGUUUAACGUGGAUUUGUAUCAGAGCUCUGGAUUGUAAUGGUAGCGUAGAAGCCUGAGAAGCUGAAUGGUCUAUAGGCAUGUAUAUUCAUUCAUGUGAUCGAUCUCUCCCAUGCUUUAAGUAGAUGUUAGAGGAGAACUAAGGG